AUGAAGUGCCCUUCUACUAGGACUACCCGUAGGAUAUUUGCGGCUCUCACCGUCAUCCUCUUGCCUAUAGUCAUUGUGGAACACAUUGCUCUGGGAGUUCGAGCACGUUCGGAGUGCGACCGCGAUGACUGCCAACGGCUGCUUGACCUUCUGACCGAAUGCAAGCAGCAUGUGGACGCUGGUAACAAGCCGGAGGUGAUCAAGUGUUUCUGCAGUCAAGAAAUGUUGAAUGCCUAUGUCUACUGCAAGGGGGAAUCCCGCGAGUGUUUGCAGGGCUACCAGAUGGAUGGCCACUAUGACGAUGACAUCGAGACGUGGCACAACAAGUGCCAACAGUAUUUGACAUUCACCCCGACCACCCCAGUGCUCACGUCGCUCGCGUACACCAGGGACUCGGACAAAUGCAUGUCGGCCUAUGACGCCUGUCUCCAACGAGAUGCGGGCGUCAAGUCGUGCGACCAUCUGUACAGCUCCCGCAAAAACAUCACCGAGGCCGUAGUCUGUCUAUGCCGGCCCUCCCAGAUUGCGAUGGCAUCGCGAUGCUAUCUCGACAGGACAAACUGCGGUGCUACCUGGACGACAGUCAACAUCUCCACCGUGGACGAGUUUGAGCGUUGUCGGCCGACUGAGUGGUUAACCUAUGGGCAGACGACUGCGAUAGGUGACAACAAGACAGUCACCAGUUUCUAUUCUCCAUCUCCGUCGACUCGGCCAACACCCCCCACCAUCACUUUCGGGCCUGCCAUAACGCCUACCCAGACUCAGUCAGCCGCAAACCAAGUGUGUGUCGUUGUCUUGUGGGCGCUGAUGGCGCCAUCCUUAUUAGUGGGAGGCCAUUUCAUGUGA